AUGUUGGAUGAAGGGAGUCCCACAUCAGAUCCACAAAGAAAGGGAGAAGAGGAAGAGGCUGAUGAGUUAUGCCGAACGCUGGAGGAGAAUGAGGACAAAUCACGGACUGCCUCGGAGAUGGGAGAUGUGCUCUACCAUGCCAUGGUUUUGUUAGCUCUCAAAAGCGUAAAAGUAGAAGAGGUUCUACAAGUCCUUAGACAGAGAUUUACUCAGUCAGGCAUUGCAGAAAAGAAAAGCCGCAAAUUACAAGGCUAA